ACCUCAGAUGGGUUGGCUUGAUUUAGGGAUUUAGGGAUUUUCAGAUUUUCAUAAAGGGAAUAAGACAGGAGUUUUGGGGGUUGUUGAUAUGGAUUUUUGUGGGCCCUCAAACAAAAUUCAACAAAAAAAAAAAAAAAUUUAUUGCACUUAACUCUCAAAAAUCCCUCUGUUAGUGGGAGUUAUAAAUGGUGUUAGGGUUGUGUCAGGGGAGGGAGCUGUUAGCCUUUAGGGACAUAGCUCCUCAAGCUCCCACACAUAUUCUAAUUAUUCCCAAAGUAAAAGAUGGCUUGACUGGUCUGUCAAAGGCUGAGGAAAGGCACUUUGAGAUUCUUGGCCGCCUUCUUUACACUGCUAAGCUGGUAGCCAAACAGGAAGGACUGGAAGAUGGCUUCAGGGUUGUGAUUAAUGAUGGUCCACAAGGAUGUCAAUCUGUUUAUCACAUUCACGUCCACCUCCUUGGUGGCCGCCAGAUGAACUGGCCUCCAGGAUAAGAUGGUGUAAAUGUUGAUUUGGGCAGGCAAGACUUUCAUUGUAAUGAUAGUACGGUAGUAUUUGUUGUCUGCCCUGAUUGAUGAUUGUCUAAUCAUAAGUAAGCAGACUAGUUACUAGCUGCUUUCUAGUAAGAUGCUCUGGAUGUUCCAUGGCACCAUCUGCAGGGCUUGCCCCAUGCUGGGUAAGGCCAGUGACCCUUGUUAAGUAUGAAAAUAAUAUGCUGUGACUUAGCUAUGCCCUGUGUUCCUCAUUUUCUUCAAGUUUCCAAGUGAAGUGAUAUCAAUUUACUUUUUGAUGCUUUGAGCCAUCCUUUGAAUGUUUUUGGAAGCUUGUGAAAGAUUUUGAAGCGUUAGACUGCAGGAAUAAACAGUAAGAUGGGGU